AAAAAUAAACAUACACUUGCAAGUAUUUGCGAAGAAAUUUGGUCUUCCCGAGAAUGUUUUUAUAAGUUAAAUUGUUAAUCUCAUUCCUCUGAUGGAAUAAAAAUAGAUCUAGUUUAUCCAGAUCUAUAGUUGUGGUAAUUUGGGCCAGUAUUUAGAAAAACAUAUUAUAUUAUUAAUUUUAUAUUAGAAAUAUACAACAAUAUACAACGGUAUAUAAAUAUGGUAAUCAAUUAAUACCGCAGUAUAAAUACCACGAUAUUACCAUAUCGCCCUUAUGGCGCGAGAGUGUCUACGUAGAAUUGCGUUUUACACUUUGAGGGCAACGUUACAGCUCGCUGUAAAUGAAUUACUCUUAUUUAUUACACCAUCUAGCAAGCUUACAGUGUGUAGUCUCGGACAUUUAUACAUUUGUACUCAAUUAGUUUAUUGUCAGCACACGAACUUUGAACUUCUAGACAACGAGAGUUCGCCAGAAUCAGACAUAACCGCAACGAAACAGAUAUUUGAUUUUGCGAACGAUGUCAAAACAAGAAGGAUUUCAUGUUGUCACUCCGCUCCUGGAGAGUGUGGGAAUGUCUAAGCGGCUUGGGAGCACCGUGUAUCUGAAGAUGGAGAGCUCGCAGCCCACUGGGUCCUUCAAAAUCCGCGGGAUAGGAUACAUGUGUCAAAAUGUUACAAAUUCAACCAAGUCUGCUGGUGUGAUUUGUUCUUCUGGUGGUAAUGCUGGUAUGGCCACAGCAUAUGCAGCAAGAAAACUUAACCUUCCCGCUACUAUUGUCUUGCCGUCUACGACUCCUCAUCUGGUAGUACAGAAACUUAAAGACCAGGGAGCUACGGUUAAAGUUGCGGGCAAGGUAUGGGAUGAUGCAAAUGCUGAGGCCCUACGAAUGGCUGAAAGUAAAGGUCUUUCUGUAAUACAUCCUUUCAACCAUCCUUUGGUCUGGAAAGGCCAUUCCAGUAUUGUGCAUGAACUCAAAGCCUCCUUAGCAUCCAAACCUGGAGCUAUAGUGCUGUCUGUGGGUGGUGGAGGUCUGUUUUGUGGGGUGAUGGAGGGCUUGGAUGAGGUGGGUUGGGCGAGCGUCCCUGUCCUCUGUAUGGAGACUGUGGGUGCAGACUGUUUCAAUGCCGCAGUCAAAGCUGGAGACCUGGUUACACUGCCGGACAUUACAAGUCAAGCGACGUGUUUGGGAGCGAAGACGGCGUGCCGGCAGGCGUUUGAGUACAGCAAGCGCUCCACGGUCAUCUCAGAUGUGGUUACAGAUCUACAGGCCCUGGAUGCAAUAGAACUAUUCCUGGACUUUGUAUGUACGUAUGUAGAUGAGGAGCGUGUGCUGGUGGAGUUGGCCUGCGGAGCCGCUCUGGCUGCAGUGUACAGUGGUCUUAUCCAGAGACUGCAGGAGGAGGGACGACUUCCUAAACCGCUUGGUCCGCUGGUGAUGCUCGUGUGCGGGGGUGGAAGUGUUAACCUGGCUCAGCUUCAGCACCUGCAGGCAGUUAUACGGAAAUAAUCAGAACAAUCAUAUAAUCUGUCAUAUCUAUACAAAAUAAUAUCUAUGUCGGGUAAUGAUGAAGAUGGUCAAUGCAUUGUCUUUGAGAUGUAGUAACACUUUACUCUGGAUGAUUUGGAUGUCCUGCUUUACUUUUGUUAGUAAAUUUUCCCAAGUUCUGUUGUUUUUAGGAUAUCUUUGUAUUUUCUGAAACAACUGCUUUAAUAAAAUAUCCUCAUGCUGAUGUAGCGAGCAGAUGGCA